CUGGAAAACCAAACUCAGCUAUCAGAAUUCCUUCUCCUGGGAUUCUCAGAGGACCCAGCCCUGCAGCCUCUCAUCUUUGCUCUGUUCCUCUCCAUGUACCUGGUCACUGUAUGUGGGAAUCUGCUCAUCAUCCUGGCCAUAUUCUCAGACCCACACCUCCACGUGCCCAUGUACUUCUUCCUUGCUAACCUGUCCUUCUCUGACAUUUGUUUCACUUCUACCACCAUCCCCAAGAUGCUGGUAAACAUCCAGACACAGAGCCAAGCAAUCAGCUAUGCAGGAUGCAUCACACAGAUGUACUUUUUUACAUUCUUCAUAGGAUUAGAAAUUUUACUCCUGACUGUGAUGGCCUAUGACCGGUUUGUGGCCAUCUGUCACCCCCUGCACUACAUGGUCAUCAUGAACCCAUGGCUCUGUGUGCAGCUCACUUUGUUGUGCUGGAUCAUUGAUGUUCUAAAUGCACUUUUGCAGAACUUACUGGUGCUGAGGCUGAGCUUCUGCACACACGUGGAAAUCCCUCACUUCUUCUGUGAGUUGAAUCAGGUGGUCCAACUGGCCUGUUCUGAUACUUUUCUCAAUGACUUCAUAAUGUAUUUUACAACUGUGUUGCUGGGAGGAGGACCCCUGUCUGGGAUCCUCUACUCCUACUUCAAGAUCACCUCCUCCAUCUGUGCCAUCUCAUCAGCUCAGGGCAAGUAUAAAGCCUUUUCCACCUGUCUCUCUCAUCUCUUGACCAUCUCCCUAUUUUUUGGCACAGGACUAGGUGUGUACCUCAGUGCCAGUGCUGCCCCAAGUUCAGCCUCAACUGCAGCAGCCUCGGUGAUGUACACCGUGGUCACCCCCAUGCUGAACCCCUUCAUCUACAGCCUGAGGAACACAGACAUGAAGAGGGCUCUGAAAAGACUGUUGCUCCCUAAAUGA